CCGAGCAGGAGACCUGGAGAAGGCCGAGCAGGCCUUCAACGAGAUGUGUGCGCUCAUGCCUCCCACCACGCCAUCCUUCAACAUGCUCCUAGCAGCCGUCAGCCGGGCUGGCAGGCCUGAUAAGAUCCCGGCAGUGCUCCAGUCGAUGCAGCGGUGGGGGCGACCCAAAGACUCGAGGACAUAUGUGCACCUCAUUACCGCUUUCCUCAAGUCAGGCGAUGAGGAGGGAGCCAUGAGGGCUCUGCGAGAAGCAGCAGUCGUGGGAAUGCAGAGGAACGACCAGAAGCUGCCCUUCUCCUCCCUGAUCCAAGUGCUCAUUCCCGCCCGCGACAAGGGCGAUGUGGUUCGGGUUAAGGAGAUAGUCGGUCUGUCUCGUACCCUUUAUAAGAUGACUGAUCCGCGGCUGUUCCGCGACCUCAUUGUGACAAUAGUGAACCGGUGGGAGAAGGAGAAGGGGGUGACGCAAAGGGGUGCUGGAGAGGAGGAGGGGCGGCUGGCGGACAAGGAAGAGGAUCCUUCAUGGAAGCGUCUGGUUUCGGACAUUCGCGGGGUGCUGAAGGAUAUGGAGGAGGUUCAGAAGAAGAGUCUUCUUGGCGGUAACCCAACUUUCGGCGGGAAACCCGGCGGCGGGGCGUUCGGAGGCGGAGCGUUCGGAGGAGACGCGUCGCAGAAGCACCAAAGCAACGGGUCGCACGCCAAUCUCCCCCGCUGCCCGUCGCCGAACACGACUCUCGGUCGCCCCGGCCCGUCGCCGCAGUCGUCGUAUCCAGUGUCGCCGGAAUCGUCGGACGAGUCGUCGCCUUCCGUUGCCGCAGUGCCCGCGUCGCAGAAAUCCGGUUCAGUGCUAAGAUCAAUUUCUGGCACCGGAAACUCGUUCUUAGGAGGAGGUAAUUCGUUUCUAGGGAGAAGCGGCGCGUCUGGUGUUGCCGCGCGGUUGGCUGGCGAGAACAACAGCGGCUCGGCGACUCCCCCGCGAACUUUCGCGAACGAGUUCGGCGCGAAGGUUACCAACAAGUUGCAGGAGCUGGGAGGGAAUGGGGGUGGUGGGUCGGGAACUUCGUCCGCUGCGAGCUCUGGCGAACUUGCGACGACUGCGACUGAUUCUCCGCCAAUCAACGCGAUCUGCUUAAACAUGCAAGAGGUUGAAGAUUUUGUGACUGAAAAGGAAUUUUCGAAAGCAGUGUUGCAGUUUAUUGACAUCACGACGAUCUCUUCAAGCGUUGACGAUGACGGAACAGAAACGGAGUACGUCAUCUGGGGCCUGAAAUUCUCCGACGCCGCUGGCUGGGAGUUCCCCGCUAAAGCCGCCGCUCCCGCGUCGGCCUCCCCCGCCGACUCCCCGCCGCGCGCGCAAUCUUCCGCACCGCUUCCGCCUGGCGCAAGCGGAUAUUUCGGCGCUCCGCGCAUCGUUCCGACGGUGAUUCCGCCGAAGGUUGCCAAUCUGGCGGAGCGCGGCGCGCAGACGAUCGCGCCCUCGGAGGAGCCAAUGAAAAGGCUGAACGGACCGCGGGAGGUAGAUCUUGACCUGCUGCCGAAAUACAUGACGGACGACGAUCUGACGCGAUAUAUCUUCGAUUAA